UUGUCAGCGGCUUUGGUCUUGAUCUGGCUCGUUCGUGCGACCUGCUCCAGCUCGUGUGAGCUCUCUGCGUUAAAGGGCUGAGGCUGAAACUGGUGAAAGGGUUCCUGUUGCUGCUGCUGGAGGUAGAGAUGGUCGUGGCUGGAGGGGGUGGAGACGUUGCUGUGGGUCGCCAUACUCGGGAUCGCUCCCUCUCCCUCUUGUUGUGUUGACCCAGAGUCUUCUUUCAUGUUACAGUCUUCCCAUUCACGUAUGUGUGCAAACGUAAACCGAAGCAACUUGGCAAGUUCUUGUUCUUUUUUUGGUAGUUUCAAGGGAAACCUGAUUUGUCUUGCUGUUCCGUGUUCAAUAUAAAAUCUGCAUCGGGGUUGUUCUCUCUGUCGAAGCGGCUGCCCCUCAUUCAUUCUUGUUGAAGACAGUAGUGCUAUGGUGGCUCGUGGUGGUAAAGGAGGUCGUGGUGUUCAGGGCCGAGGUGCCCCUUGUGGUGGUGGUAGUAGCGGUUCUAGAAGAGCUAGUGGGGGUCGUUUUUGUACUCAUUGUCAGCUUACAGGACAUACUGUUAAUUAUUGCUAUGACCUCCAUCCUGAGCUUUGGGGUCUACAUGUUUCAACUCCUUCGUCUGAACUUCCGUCUGGACAGGAUAUGGUACAUUUGACUCGUGCAGAAUAUGAUGAACUGAUUAGGGCACGACAGCUUGGUGUUCCUUCAGAUCCAGUUGCUACCUUGGCAGAGCGCAAUGAUCAUACUUGUCUCUUGUCCACUACAGCAACCCCUCGUCCUUGGGUUAUUGAUUCGGGUGCCACUCAUCAUAUGACUGGUGAUCAGCAUCUUCUUACCUCAACCUCAUCAGCUUCGUCCACUUCAGUCACUUUGGCAGAUGGUUCUCAGUCCAAAGUGACAGGUUUAGGAUCGGAAGACUGGACGCCGAAUAGGUGGUGGGCGUCAGGCUGGUGGAUUGUACUUUUUGGACCCCGGGAUUUUUGCUGCUGCCACUACCGUUCAAAAGAAGGCUGUAGAUGACUCCUAUCGAUUACAUUGUCGCCUUGGUCACCCCUCAGCAGACGUACUCCAACAUUUUCCUUUUAUGUCUAGUUCUAGUCUUCAGUUUGAUUGCGAAACAUGUCAGAUGGGGAAACAUCAUCGUGUGUCUUUUCCCCCUCGUGUUUUGAGUCGUGCGUCUCAGCCAUUCGAGCUAGUCCACUCCGAUGUUUGGGGUCCUAGUCGGGAGUCCUCUUUUGGUUUCCGCUAUUUCGUAACCUUUAUUGAUGAUUGUACUCGUACGACUUGGUUAUACUUAAUCAAAGAUCGUACCGAAGUAUUUUCUUCUUUUCGCCAUUUUUAUAAUGAAGUUCGUACUCAAUAUGGCUAUCCUGUUAAGUGCUUGCG